AUCAUGUUUGGAAUGGCCAGUAGUGGACGAUAUUUGAACAUGCGUCGAGCUAGUUAGCUCACGUUAGCACCAGUUAACAACCCAUGAAUGCAGUCUUUUUAUGAUCCUGCAUGUUAGUUCUAUUUUCAUUAAUUCUGUUAGCUUGCGUAUGAACAGCAAAACAGUGAAAGUUAUUUCACUAGACAGCUUAUCUGCAAAGGGAUUCUAUUACAGCAAAGCUCCAGCAUGGCAGACAGCAUUAUGAGCAGGGCUGCCACCAUGGAGAUUCCCAUUAACAGCAACGGGGACUCCAGGACCAUCCCCGAGGAUGAUGGUCUGGAACAGGCUGCAAAGGCUCAGUGGAGCUUAGAUGAGAAGGCAGACUCAAGGGAUCUGCAGCAGGUAAUGGUAUCUGGGCCUAAUCUGAACGAGACCAGCAUCGUAUCGGGUGGCUACGGAGGCACGGCCGAGGGCAUCAUCCCCACCAGCUCUAUCAAAGGGCCAGCUAUCCACUUCAAUGCUGACUUUCUCCCCCGGCGCAUUCCUGCCCCAGGACAAGGAUCCAACAUGCAUCACAGUGGAAGCAACCAAUCAGGCAUGGCCGAGGAGGCCACAAGAGGCAUCGCCGUGGAGAAGUUCGACAUCAUGAAGAAGUGGGGCCUAAACACCUACAAGUGCACAAAGCAGCUGAUCUCGGAGCGGUUUGGACGCGGCUCCAGAACGGUGGACUUGGAGCUGGAGGCUCAGAUCGAGGUUCUUCGGGACACCAAGCGGAAGUACGAGAACGUUCUUCGUCUGGCGAGAGCGCUCACCAACCACUUCUACAGCAUGGUGCAGACCCAGCAUGCCCUUGGAGACACCUUCGCGGACCUGAGCCAGAAGUCACCAGAACUACGGGACGAGUUUGGUUACAAUGCAGAGACACAGAAGUUGCUGUGCAAGAAUGGAGAGACACUCUUGGGCGCCAUUAACUUCUUUGUGUCCAGCAUCAACACAUUGGUGAACAAGACCAUGGCAGACACUCUUUGGACCAUCAAGCUGUAUGAAAAUGCCAGACUAGAAUAUGAUGCGUAUCGGGCAGACCUUGAGGAGCUGAACCUGGGCCCGCGUGAUGCCGUCACCAUGGCGAGGAUCGAGGGCGCUCAGGAGGAGUACCAGGCUCAGAAGGACAAAUACGAGCGUCUCCGUAGCGAUGUGACCAUCAAGCUCAAGUUCCUAGAAGAGAACAAGGUGAAGGUGAUGCACAAGCAGCUGCUCCUCUUCCACAACGCCAUCUCGGCCUACUUUGCUGGCAACCAGCAGCAGCUGGAACAGACCCUCAAGCAGUUCAACAUCAAGCUCAAGCCUCCCGGUGACGACAAACCCUCUUGGCUGGAGGAGCAGUGAGCCGAGCCUUAUGGACCGGCCGACUGACCGACCCACACACACACACACACACACACACACACACUGUUAACUCAACUUUGACCCGGGACCAAGACAGCCCGUUUUCCCUCUCCUUCUUCCUCCUCCUCCUCAUCCUCAUCCUCUAUCUUCAGUUCCUGAAUUUGGUUCAGUCACUGAUUUAAAAAAAGAAGCCCCACACUCCACUUGCAUACAGAUGUUUCUUUUUUGGAGAGAACGCCUGAAGAAAACCGAUACAUCCAGAACAUAGAACUCGUCCAUACAAUCCUCUCUUACUGUAUUUCAAUCAUCAAAACCUUAUAGCCACCAAAGCCCAAAUCCUUAAAAACGGACUAAUAUCCACCUGUGGACUAGUGGAUAUGUUUACUGCUUUCAUUUUUGAAUUACAAGCCUGUUGUUGUCAGUGUGAUUGUGAUGACAGACUUAUGAAGGACAUGGUUUAUCUGAGGAUUAUUCAGAUAUUUAGCUGAAAGGGGUCAGUGAUUUUUGGGCUUGUGUUUACUAGUGUAUGUGUUUUGUUGUUCAGAAACCCUUUGGAAAUGGAGCUUGGGAAGAUGUACUGUAUGAAGCAGGCACACUACAUGUGGUGUAGCUGAUGCUUAUGGAUGAUGAAUAUUUCCCAAACCACCUGACACGCAUACUAAAAUGCCCCCGUGGUGAACACUCUUCAGAAUGGUGAACACUCUUCAGAAUGCAUCUUCAGUAACCGGUCGUUCAGCUUCAGAGAAAGGUCACGAAAAGAAGCAUUUAUGUCUAUGUUGGUCUUGGGAAAAAAACGUCUGGUGGAGGUCUUAUUCUGACGUCCAGCAUCCAAUAGUCCAGUGCCUGCUCCCUCCAACCAAGCCUUGGAAGUGGAGACUAUUCAUGUACAGUAUUCAGUGUCAGUGGUCACUGCAAAAAUUGAUUAUGUCGGUAAAUCAGUAAUGUCCUGAUUGCAUCCCAGUCGUUUAGCUUCAUGUUAGUUGCUAGUUCCCACACAACUGCACGGCUCUUGUUUUGGCACUCGUCAGAUAGUGGCGUAAAAAGUUGUGAAAUACGUUUUGGCAUCUAAGAAUGGGUCAGGGCUUAAGUUAAGUUCAGUGAUUUUUUUUUUUUUUUUAACAACAGACCAUUGCUGUUUGCAAAGUAAGUCUUGUUGGAAUUCCAAACACUUUGAAGACCUUGGGUGGAACACUGCUUAGUUUUUUCUUGUAUGCUCAUGUUUAUAUGUCUGCACUCCCUUAUUGAAACUGAUAGGUGGACAUGUAACAACAAGUCUUAUGAUAUUGUUUGUUUGUUUGUGUGUGUCCAUAACAGAUAACUCCAUUGUCCAGUGAAGAAUAAUUGCCAAAAUCCUUAUAAGCAUGAAUGCAUUUAUCUCUAUUAGAAAACUAAACCGGAAAUGUAACUUAAUUUUCACUACAAGCCUCACUUUUGCCAGCUUGGGAAAAGACUGCACAAAUGUAUGGUAUUGUUUACUUCCCUGUUUUUUGAUGUGCAAUGUGAUUUUUAGUUUUUAAACUCAAAAAGCAGAUAAGAGGCAAACAACAUAAUACCUUUGCACUGGGAAGACAGUGGCUUGUUUUUGUUGCAAACUUUAUCUGAUAUCUCCAGAUUAUAUUCUGUAUUUGUUGUAAUUUGUCUUGAGUAAGAACUAUGAAUCAAUGCUGAUAUAGACUUUAUGCAAAAUCAACAUGCACAUAGAAUAAUGCUUGCUAGUUGCUACAAAUGUCUAACUGGCGCACACCAUGCUAAAUACUCGUUUGGAAUGCUAGCGCCUUUUUUAACUACAAAACACCUACUCACAUUAUUAAUACAUGAUCAUUGACACUUUGACCCUAAUAGCUGCAAAGAAAACUGCUGAAAUCUCUCGUUUUAGUAGAGGUAUUUGACAACGCGGUCGCUCUUGAAAACACGUAAUUGUUCAACACUAUAGGAGACUCAUGAGCUUGCCAUGAAGCAAUACAAAGGACAUGUCUCUAAUAAUCUAGUCAUGUACUCUGGUCCGUUUGUUACUCUGCUCAAUGUGUGCAUGUCAUUGCAAAUCCUCCAUAUCUGUCAUGACUGUCUUUGGUCAGCGUAAGACAUGACUGUGGUUAUUUUGUAAACCCCUCCCCCCCAAAUAUGUCCUUGUGCAGUCCUACCACUUUGACAUGUACACUGUUUGUCAGAUUCACUUGAAAUAACCUAGACACUGGGGAUAGGACCGAUACAUUGACAGAACUAUAUUUAACAAAGAAAGCUUACAUUUUUACAGAAUGUUUUUAUUUUUCCUAUAAAUGUUGUGGCAUGUGGCGUACAGACAGGAUCAUGCAUACUGUAGAAUUAUGUCUGCAAUGAAUGUCAUAGACAUUACUGAUACUGUAUCUUAAAUGGUCUCAAACUCUGAUGGAACUGAACCUUGAAGUACUAAAGGUUUUUUUUGUACUAUUAACUCCAAUCUGACCUAAUGCUCCUGGUGUUCCUUGCCUCUUUGUACAAUUCCGACCCCGUAAAGUUGAUUGUUUUCAUACAUCAGUGUGUGUCCUUUUAACCACUAGUGAAGACCAUGAAAAGAGUUCUGAUGUAGUCAUAGGCGGCAGCUGAUGGAAGGAUUUCUAAACAUAUAUUAUUUGUGUACAAUCAGUUGUUAACAGCUGCUCUGAUUUUUCUAGUGUAUGAUUGUAUAUAUGGAUAUUUAAGAUGACAAGACGUGAACUGGAUUUCUGUAAAGAUUGCCUUUAUCUCUCAGUUUGACCAAACCUCUGGAACAUGGAAACUCUCAAACCCACAAGAUGAAAUAAAAUGUUUCCAAAAUGA